UUCCCUCAUGAACGUGACUAUGAAAUACCUAUGCAAUUUUUCUAUGGAGUUUAUGGCUAGUAGCAUGUAUGGAGUGCUUAAAUUGUAUCGUCUAUAGCCGAUGCGUAGUACCUGGGCAAUGACGAUUAGCAAUGACUUAUGAUAUCGAAGUUGAAAUCCCUCUGAAGAAAGAUGAAAUGAAAUCGACUGCGAUGAUGAUGGAUCGUACACUGGAAGUCGCUCAAAGGAUUGCCUGAUAAAUUCAGUCAUAUCGGCCUUAGAGUCCUCCCGAGGUGGAAUCCGUACAUCAAUUCAUUGCGACUUUGACUCUAUGCCCACAAAGGGUUCAUUCAUGAAGGUCUCAAAAUAGCGCUCGGCACAUGCAGCAUAAGGUGUCCUCUACCGUGCAGUGGAACUCUCUACUCGGCUUCCUGGAAAGUCUACAUGGUGGAUAUUUGUCAGCGAUAAUCCUUUCUCUUUUCUUCCAGUUCCUGCCACUACGCUGAAUAGUGCGCCUUUGAUCGCUUCAUGAUCUCAACUAAAGUGACGGGCUGAUCUCAUUCCACGACUGUGGGAUUGAGAAGCGAAAAUAGACUUCGCAUCUGAUGCAUGAUCGUCCGGAUAGGGGAAGGAUGAUAGCAUGAUCAGCGACUUCCUGUGCUCCACGGUCUCACCAUAGGCGUCAGUAAGAUUUGCUGGCGCGGACGAUGCUUCUAAGCCAGUCUAUCCCUGUAUUAUCAAACUCUCUAUAGUCUCAGGCGCCAGCUCGAGCUCUAUUUAAGCCACGACGAUUUCCUACUUCACCUGCCUUUCUGGCGUCCUCAUCUAGGCAUCUGUAGGGAUGAGUUUAGUCGAUCUUCUUCCACCCGAUGUGGUUGCCAACAUGCAAACUGCAGGUUAUAUGGCUGUUGCCGUUGUCGCAGCUUGGACAUGGGAUUACUUCAUAUCCACGUCGGAUGAGGUCUGGAUGUUCACUGAGCAUAAAUUUGCAUUACCUGACGUUGCAUACGUUUUUGCUCGGUUUACAUCGGGUGGGUUUUUAGCAGCUUCGUUAGCCUUCCUGUCCGCAGGUGAUGAUGAUACUUGUCGAGCAAUCGGAAAGGUCAUCUGUUGGUUCGGGGCAUUUGCACUCCCCUGCAAUUUCGUUCUCUUCUUUCUACGGGUGAAAGCUGUCUUCCGUCGAUCGCCAAUUCUCGUCGGCAUCUUCGCUAUUCUUUGGCUAUCAACACUCGGAUCGUUUACUCUACCAUUCAGUACGACUGGAGAACGCCUUUUGGGUAGUCAUAACUGCGUCACCACCAAUGUCACACCAAUCAGCUCCGUGGGAUUCCUCACCGUUGCGAUCUUUGACGCUAUUGUAUUCGUCAUGAUCUCUAUCCGUCUUGUGUCGUAUAGCAUGGCGGACUCAUGGAAAGAGCGGAUAUUCUCAUUCUUUAGUGGGCAAAACAUGGGCUUCUUGUCAAAAGCGGUCCUGAAAACUGGGCAGCUGUAUUAUCUGGCAACGGUUGGCGUUAAUAUCUUUGUUCUAUUCACACUCGUUACCUCCUCUUUUCCACCUGCUCUCCGAGCUGUUCUUACCAUGCCUACUGUGGCUUUGCAAAACGCGAUGGCAUGCAGAGUCUAUCGUCUUCUAAAACUCGGUUUCAUUGAAGAAGAUCCCUCUAUACUUCGGACAUCUCUUGCCCAAGCCUAUGGUGGUUCCCGAUCUCUUCAUUAUGCCACAGGUCACACCUUGCCCACAGGCGACGAUGAUGGUUGGGAUCAAGAUGGCCGUCUCACUAGCAUCGGCAUGGUCAAUUUGUCAAGUAACCGCUCACAGAGGAAGAUGAGACCUUCGCAGUCACCCAUGCAAAUAUCCAUCAAUGAAGAAAUCGAGGUUUCCAUAGAAGAUGCAUACGUGAGUACUCUUCGUACUAGCAGUAAAAGCGAAGAUGUGUAGCAGGACCCAAAAAGGUAACUGAAGGGGAAAAGAAGCAAAGGGACUGCAUCCGAGUCCCCUGUAUCUCCACGGACAUCAAGCCUAGGAAUGUCACAGCCAUUCUGUCUAGAUCAAUGAACUAUAACUGCGAGCAGCGGAGUAGUGUUGGACAGUGUGUCAUAGAUCCGUUUCCUGUGACUCAUCUUCAUGGCCACCAGCUUGUCGUGAUUCUGUCAUUUGCAGCUAACUUAACAUCGUCUUACCAGCGCUCACCUUCAACGAUGCAUGUGAACAACUCGCUGGUCAGUUAACGGCUUCGAGAGUUCUUAACGCUCAAUACCUUCGCGCAUUUUGGUUCCAUCAGACAGUCAUACGUGACCAGAACACGUUAAUGGACCAAAAUGUAUCCAAUUUGAGACACCAACUCACCUGUUCACUAUUCAAGCUCAAAAUCAAGUUGCCGGUGCGAU